AGGCUUAGCCUGUGCAGUCCGCAAUCCUUGUCCAGCCCCAUGGCGCCGCGGCCGCUGGGUACCCUGGUGCUAGCGCUGGGCGGUGCCGCGGCCGUGCUCGGCUCGGUGCUCUUCAUCCUCUGGAAGGCCUACUUCGGCCGCGACCGGGAGCAGCGCUGGGACCACAGCGAGGCCUGGUGGGGCGUGGAGCCUGCCCGCCUCCCCGAGUGGGACCUCGAGGAAGAGGAGCCGGCGCUGGAGGAGCUGGAGGAGCUGGAGCAGCGCGAGGUGCUGGUGCUGGGGCUGGACGGCUCCGGGAAGAGCACGUUCCUGCGCGUGCUAUCUGGGAAGGCGCCCCUGGAUGGCCAUGUCCCCACCUGGGGUUUCAACUCCGUGCGGCUGCCCACCAAGGACUUCGAGGUGGACCUGCUAGAGAUUGGUGGCAGCCAAAACCUACGCUUCUACUGGAAAGAGUUUGUGAACGAGGUGGAUGUGCUGGUGUUCCUGGUGGACUCGGCUGACCGGCUGCGUCUGCAGUGGGCCCGGCAGGAGCUGCACAAGCUGCUGGACAAGGACCCUGACCUGCCUGUCGUCGUCGUGGCCAACAAGCAGGACCUGAGUGAGGCCAUGAGCGUGGUGGAGCUGCAGCAGGAGCUGGGCCUGCAGGCCAUUGACAGCCAACGCGAAGUGUUCCUCUUGGCGGCCAGCAUUGCCCCUGCAGGGCCUGGCUUCAAUGAGCCUGGCACCGUGCACAUCUGGAGGCUGCUCCUGGAGCUUCUCUCCUAGGCUGGAGCCCUCUGCUCGGCACCCCACCCUGGACUCAGUCCUGCUGCUGCUGCUGCUCUUGCUUCUUUAUCGCUGCCCAGGGCCUGAGGUGGAGUCGCGGCAGCACUUCCCUUCUCUCCUCCCCUCAGGAAGGGCUUGUUAGGGCCAAAAACCUUGCAGAAAGCCUUCCUGGAGAGGUGGCUGUGGGGCUGAAGCAGGGAGGGAGGAGGGAAGGCAGAGGGUGGGACAGGAUCAUGUCCUGCUCAUCCCAGACUGGAAUGGUGACCCAGCCUUCCACAGUGAAGACCUCACCUCUCUUACCUGGACAGUGAGACGCUCAAGGCUCUGUCCUUGCCUCACUGCAUUCCUGGGGUUGGAAGGACCAUAUAGAUGUUAGAGGUACUCCAGGAGCCACCAGGUCUCCCGGUCCCAACUGUUCCUUCCUGGUGACGUGUGGGCAGGUUAUGGGCAGCACCCAUGAGCCCUGUCUCCCAGCUCUGCGUUGUACUCCAGCCCCAGCUCUGCCUAACUCGCUGUGGCCUUGUGUAGUCUCUCUGCCUUUCUACACCUGAGGCCAUCAUUUUUAAAGGGAGGUGAUUUCCAUGGUCUUUUCUGACUUGGACUGAGCCCUGGUGGUGCAGUGGUUAAGUGCUUGGCUGCUGAUUGAAAGAUUGGCAAUUUGAACCCACCAGCCGCUCCGCAGGAGAAAGAUGUGACAGUCUGCUUCCGUAAAGAUUUCAGCCUUGGAAACCCUAUGGGGCAGUUCUACUCUGUCCUGUAACAUUGCUACGAGUUGGAAUUGACUCAGUGGCAGUAGGUUUUUUUUUCUUUUGACUUGGAGUUGUAUUUCUGAGAGAUAAGAAGUGUUAGAACAAACCUGGAGAUCCUAGCAAGGAGCUUUCUGAAGACCUCCCUGCUUCCCCCUGAGCCAAGACUGGCCUGCCAGCCUCUCUUGACUACAGAAUAAGAGACAUUCACCCACCAGUCAGAAAAACAGAAGGCUGUUUUUAUCUUUCCUAAUCUGGAGACAGGAGCUGCUGCUCUCGCAUUAAGCACUAACUGUGCCAAUGUCCAUGUUUACAUGAGUCUGGGGAAGGGAGGUGCCCGUAUUCCCGGGAGAAGACUGUCCAUGGGAGCUGGAUGUCUGCCUCAGACCUGCAUUUUAUUUAUUUAUUUAUAAAGGUAUAGGCCAGAGUUCUAGGCUUUAUUCUUCGGUGCUGUUAAUCAAAACCCCAGAUGAUUAUCAUGGAAAAUUUGGAAAUAGCUGGAAUCAUGAGACAGCUGUAGGUCCCCCAUCACCUGUCACCUGGCCUUUGAGCAAUCUGAUAUCGUAAUGCUUCACAUUGAUCCCCAGUGAACUUAAACUCCAUCCUUGGCCCAGUAUGAAGGAUGCAGAACCCUUCUGUAUAGAUAACAGAUGAUCCCGGGAGAGGACAUUUCUAUUAUGUGAAUACAAGUGAAAAAGAAACCUUCGUGUGGGGAUGUUGCAGAGCAAGCUGCAGGGCAGCCUCAGGCGCAUCACUCAGCCUUUCUGGACCUCUUUCUUCCCAGCAGAGUUGGACAGUAGCACAUUCCAUGACGUUCCUGUACCUUCGUGAUCAGCCAGUUUCAGGACUGUCCCUGUUGACACUUCUCUUUAGUGCCAGCAAAAGGAGCCUUCUGUUUGUCAGGGGCCACUGAAUAAUCAAUAGCCACAAAUGAAAACUUUUUUCUUAGAGAAGAUAUCCAACUCCUUUUGCUUUUGGUUUGAGAAUCAAGGUUGUGUGCCUUUGUUUCAUUUGCCAUUUACCCAGUAUGCUCCAGUUCCAUACUACGGCCUGUGCAAGAAGAGGUACCUGGGAAAGAGGUAGGGAGCUCCAGAAGGAAGCUCAUUAGAAGAGUGGGUUUUAAAGUGACGUUUGCAAUUUUGCUUUUUAUGACUUUUCAGUUUGUCAUUGGAAAGGUGAGAAACUAUUUUGUUACCACCGCCUCAUUCUCCAGUGGCUUGACGGUUACCUCUGGGACCAGUAAUUGUUGAAGGGGCCCUUUUUUUCUAAUUAAGAUCUCUUUUGGCUUACUUUUAUUAGAGAUGCCUCUGAGUGGUUGGGUUUAAUAACACUGGAGGACAAAUACCACUAAGCUGCACCAAAGGUCCUCAGUGCCACCCCUCCCUGUGACACAGAAUAUAGGCGUUCUCCCGCUUGUGGUUUGCUUCACCACAUCUGUGGCUGCCAGCCGCUCUCUUGUGGGGCUGCUGGCCCCCAUCACGCCGGCAAAGUAACCUUGCAGUCUGCUCUGGAGAGGCCGAGGAUGCUGCUGACCAGGACUGGAUUGGGGAAAAGUUGGGAACAGGCCUUUCUCAAGAACCUCAACUCACUGCCUGGCCUGCUGAUACUCUUACCCAGUGGCUCCUGGAUAUUCCUUUCUGAUUCCGCAACCCAGACCACCUGCUUUUGGGAACCAGCACAGUUCAGUGAAGACGGCUGUGCGGUUCUGGAUCUGCUGGUGGGUAGGCUACUUACCUGUUGAACUUGUGCCUGUUAUUCACCCUGGCACUGAGGGUGUAGGCGAGGGCCUUUGUUCUCAAGUUAUUUAAAUGAAACCACGGCUUCUGAUUUUCCUGUCUGACCUGUUGCCAUCCCUGAGGAGAGGCCAACCUGACCCAGUUUGGACGUUUGGAUGGUCUGGGCAAGAGGUCUCCUGCGGCUGCUAGGACUGCCAUGGUGGACUGGCUGCCCAUCCCAAGACGCCACCUCUGGUUUCUCUUGGUGCUCGAAAUUGCAGGUUUUUUAAACUUAUGCUGCAGUAGCAGCAGCGUUCAGCUGUAAGGACUGGAGGAGGGUGAAAUCUUCCAUGGCCUCAUGGUCCUCUGCAGAGGUGCUGAGGAGAAUGUGACAACUCCAGCUUUCUGCCUCAGUGAAACACCAGAUUCCCCACAAAGCAUCUCCACCUGCUUUUGGAAAACACUGUUGUUCUUACACCUAGUCUGGGUAGGAGUUGUCAGCAUUUCAAACCAGCUGCUGAAACCAGCCUGUGGCCUUCGUUGUGCAGCUGCUCCCCACCCCAGAGCUGUCAGUGGUUAUUUUGAAUACAAAGUCCCUUCUAGUAGCGAUGAAAAGGGGGACCUACACCUUCUUGUCUGCCGCCUCUGGGAGGU